AAGGCAUGAGCUGCUUUCCCAAAGUCAUACAAAUGUUAAGUGCAGAAGUAGGAUCUGAAUUCCAGCAGUCUUACUCCAGCGAAUAUACUGUGGAAGCCGGCGAUGCCUCCUUAAGCCCUGUCUGGGCUUGGAGAGGAUGUCCUCCCUGAAGGACCAGAGCAUGCCAGCCCCGUGGCUGGUGUGGCAUUCUUAAAGACUGUCUGGUAAGUUUUGCUUGCUCUGGUUUCUCACUAAAACAACCUUUGGAUUUGGCUUCCCAUGUGACUCACAUACAGGAAAGGAGGGCCAUGACCUGCCAACAUGACAGCUGUAUUUUUCACUAGUAACUUAAUAAACGGGCUGCCUGGGUUCACAUACGUACCUGUUUCUGACAGCUUGGUUAAGGUGAGCCCACCCCAGAGCUGAAGCCCACCACGUGCCAACUUAGUUGAGAUUCUGGGCAUGCAAGCAUAGCCCCCAGCUGAGGCCUCUGUGCCAAGGAAAUUCCUCUUGGCCUCCUUUCGGCUGGUUUGGCCCGCCUUCCCCAGUGACAGUCUGGCUGUUUGGAUUCAAGCUGCCUGGUCAAACUGUGAGGGUCUGCAGAAAGAAGGAAGCAACAGUGCCAGGUUCCAGUGCGUGUUCCAAGUUCCACAUUCCGCCUACAGACACCCGGCGCCAGAGCAAAGGCUGGCCCUUGGCAGGGGACUGGUAAGGAUUUUUCUGCUCAGAAUGUGGAACUCUGGAGACACUCCUGAAACUCUGCCCUAAGUCAAAGGAACCAGAGACUCCACCAUUUCUCCCUCUACCUCCCUUUCCAGGAGCAGCCAUGGCCCUGAGUGAUGUCAAUGUGCAGAAGCAGAUUAAACACAUGAUGGCUUUCAUUGAGCAGGAAGCCAAUGAGAAGAUAGAAGAAAUAGAUGCCAAGGCUGAGGAAGAGUUCAACAUUGAGAAAGGAUACCUUGUGCAAACCCAACGACUGAAGAUUAUGGAGUAUUAUGAGAAGAAAGAGAAGCAGAUAGAGCAGCAGAAGAAAAUCCAGAUGUCUACCAUGAGGAAUCAGGCAAGGCUGAAAGUCCUGAGAGCCCAAAACGACCUCAUCUCAGAGUUGCUGAAUGAUGCAAAGCUGAGACUCAGCAGGAUUGUGGCAGACCCAGAAUUUUACCAGGGGCUGCUGGAUAAACUAGUGCUCCAGGGUAUGCUUCGACUGCUGGAGCCUGUGGUGAUUGUACGCUGCAGGCCACAGGACCUCCUCCUGGUGGAGGCUGCAGUGCAAAAAGCCAUCCCUCAAUACAUGACAGUCACCCACAAAUGUGUGGAAGUCCAAGUUGACAGAGAAGUGCAACUGGCUACGGAUGUGGCUGGAGGUGUGGAGGUUUACAGUGGUGAUCAGAGAAUAAUGGUUUCCAAUACUCUGGAAAGUCGACUGGAUCUCUUAUCCUGGCAAAAGAUGCCAGAAAUACGAAAGGCCUUGUUUGGAGCCAGUGCCAACAGGAAGUUCUUUAUAUAAGCCUCUAGGAAGUGAAGCUCAUGUUGAACUUCUAAGCUAUAAAAGCAUGAGUUAUUAAGACAAAGGAAACCAGUAACAUCUCCUUCUCUUUUUUGCUCUGGUAUUAGUCUUUCUUCAUGAAAUACCCUUUGACUAGCUAAAGGCAUUAUACUUUGGAAUAAAGGCUGACUUAGUGCUUA